AUGGAUGGUGACAACUUUAGCACAGCGCACAAGGAAAAGAGCGGCGGAGUGUUGGUGGCUAGGCCUUUCAGGCACUACAAGCCGUACCAAAGCAGGAAGACAGUUGUUGAGAAGGCUGUUGAUGAAACUGCUGGGCUUGAUAUGUCUAUGCAAGGACUAACACUAAUAUCACCGAAAAUAAUGCAUUGGGAGGCACUGAGCACUCUAUCUCUGUCGUAUAACAGUAUAUCAGAGAUACCGCCUGAAAUAUCCAGGCUGGCAGGACUGAGCGUAUUAGACCUGUCACAUAACAGAAUAAAGCGAGUUCCCAGAGAAUUGGGGAAAUUGUAUAACUUAAAGGAGCUUCGGCUGGGGAGUAAUCUUCUUUCUUCAAUUCCUCUGGAAUUUGGCAUGCUUUAUCAGAUGGAGAAGCUAGACUUGGAUGAUAAUCCAUUAAUUGGGCAGAUUCAAAUAGUUUACAACACCUCUGGUGGGCUUGGUGUGAUUAGGUACUGCAGAGAUAAUGUCGCAAUGAACUACCCGCACUGGGAGAGGGGCUGGGUAUUUGCACCACAGGAUAAUAAUAUUGAUUAUACAGAGACCAUUACAGUGGCAACGUAUAAUAUUCUAUGCCCAACGUAUGCGAAUAGUCAGAGCUUCUCAUACGUACCCGCAUGGGCACUGCAGUGGGAGACCAGGAAGGCAACAAUUCUUCAAGAAGCCACUUCGUAUGGGGCAGACAUUCUUUGCAUCCAAGAGAUGGAUACGGGCAGUUACUCAGACUACUUUAGAGAGCAGUUUAAAAUUAGAGCAGAUUACGACUCGGUCUUCUACCAAAAAUCCAGGGCACGGACCAUGGUUGAGGGUGAAAAGCGGCUAGUGGAUGGAUGCGCCAUAUUCUGGAAGGGUUCAUUCUUUCAGAUGAUAGAGCAAAGGUGCAUAUACUUAUCCCAGCUGUUCUCACAGAAAGCUAUUUCAGAGCACGAGCAUAUUGCGAAUAGAGUACUCAGCAGGGAUAAUAUAGGACUAGCAAUAGUGCUGGAGAGAGAAGGGGGAAGACAUACAGUUGUAGUAAAUACGCACAUGCACUGGGACCCAGAGUACCCAGACGUAAAAACACUCCAGGGGAUUAUGCUUCUUAAAGAAGUAGAUGCAAUCAUGCAGAGGUACCCAAAUGCAGAGCUAAUCAUAUGCGGCGACUUCAACUCUCUCCCUAACUCCUCCCUGUACGAAAUGUACUCACACGGCAUGCUUAAACCAAACAGCAGAGAUUUACUAGGCCUCUCCUAUGAGCCAUACAGCAAUAAAGGGUAUGCACACUCCCUUUCUCUUUCUGAGAGUUACUCUUUCGUGAAUAUGGGAUUCACUAAUUACACCCCAGGAUUCGCUGGUGUGAUUGAUUAUAUAUGGUAUAACGAUAGACUAAAACCUAUUUGCUCUCUUGGUCCGGUGGAUGAAGAAUAUGUAUCUAAAAUAGUAGGAUUACCUACGCACCAUUAUCCGUCAGACCAUCUUAUACUUGUUACACAGUUUAAGUGCAAAGGAACCCAGUGGAAAGGAAAUAUGAAUAAAUAAGUAAUAACCCAA